AUGGACGUUAUCCUCACAGACAGAUACGAAGCUCGUGUAAACUUUCUCCUUGCCAAGUAUCACGUCCCGGGGAUAAGCAUCUCCAUUACCAACGCCAAUCGGACUGUGUCCAAAGGUUUCGGUCUCGCCAACGUCGAACCUCCUCGACCAGUGACAACCGAAACCAUCUUCGACUGUUCACGGGCCGGCAUGUCCCUGACUGCUGCAGCAGCGGCAACCCUCGUCGCAGACCAGCGCGUUCGCUGGGACACCCCCGUCCCAGAACUGCUCCCCGGGUUCAGACUCCACAGCUGGGAUGAACCCAAAUUCGCAGACAUACUAUGUCACAAGUCUGGCGUUCCGGGUCACCCUCACAGUAUCAUGAGCCAGACAGCCGAGCAUCCAGACACGCCAGCUUCGGUCGCGAACAAAGCUUGCUAUCUGGAGACGAACUCGGACAGGUUAGAUUACUAUAGCGACCUGAUGUACACGACAGCAUCGUACCUGAUCGAACAGAUCUCCGGGCAGAGCUUCGAGUCCUACUUGGUCUCUCACAUUCUCGUACCAUUGGGGAUAGAGUCGACGUACCUCCAACCCAGCCGCGUGCAGGCCACGCAUCAAGCCCACCACCUCGCCACCUGGCACGUGUACGAAGAAAAUUCUCACAGCUACAAAGCCGUAGCGAGUCGAGACAAGCCCGAAUGUCAAGGCGCGGGCAUGAUCUACAGCACAGCCGCUGAGUUUGUCAAGUGGCUUCGUGCUCAACUUAGACUCGAUCCCGCACUUUUCGGGCCUAAGAUGUACCGCACGCUCCUGAAGGGACGCACGUACAGCACUUGCCUCGAUCCACGUCCUUUCAUGACCCAGCCACAAUACACUUUAGGCUGGAACGUCAGACACUACCGUAACCAUCGUCUGGUGUAUCAAGAGGGCAUGAGCCGAGCAAUGUUCGUGCCCGACGCCCAGGAGCCGUUUGGGUUUGUCAUUCUCGGCAACAGUGCUGGCAUAAAGUACGUGGCGGAGAUCCUGGCAAUGGAGCUUGUAGACGAGCUUCUCGGUUUCCCAAAGGAAUGGCGUGGCCACUGGGAACCUUUGGAAGAUGUGCAGGUGCAGUUCGAGCGCGAUCUAGCCCUUUGGACAUAUGGGCAAGUGGAAGAACAAGCUCUCUCCUCCUGCCUGGAUGGCUACAGGAGACCCAGUGACAAGUCGCAACAAAGGCGAUCUACGGUCACACCAUACCCACUGACUGCAUACACGGGCCGAUACAGACAUGCCGGGUACGGCGACAUCGUCGUCACGACCAAGUUAACAUCUGCCACACUGGUUAACAAUGCCGCCCCAAACGCGUCAGACAUGGAGACCACGAUGAUCGAGAGACUCUACAUCGACGCCACUGAUCGUACAGUGCCAUUUACUCUGACCCUCUAUCCCCUCUGCUUCUGCGAAUGUCAAGUCCACCGCGGUAUCAUGUCCAAGUUCCUCGGUCUCAAAGAGACUGACCAGCGGUCGGGAUUCAUUCACGUUGCAGCCGAAACGGCCCCUCGUCCUGAAUGUCAAGCCGACGCUGAAUGGGGCAACUUGCUUGAAGGGGAAGCCCCGAUUAUACAGGAGAUUGGGUUGGAUCUCUGCCUUGACCUUCGUACUCCCGACUUGGUCUGGUUCCGAAGGGUGUCCGACUAA